UCUUCUUUAAUUUGUACAAAUUUCCCUCUUUGAGACUGUUUUUUGGACUUGAAAAAUUCCUUACUUUUGGAUUUUGAAAUUUAAGCAACUCAUUUUGGAAUGCUACUUCAACAGUUUUUCUAAUCAAACAUUUAAUUAAGUUUACUUGUUAUGCAUAAUUCAAGUAAAGAAAAGAAGAGAGAAAAUCUUCAUAUCUUUGGAUUGCUUUAACAGUGACAAGAUUCUACAUCCUACAGAUACCUAGUUUACUGUGCUCUUUUCUGAUUUGGAUGUGUAGCAUGUGUCAUUAUUGUGGCGCCCAACUUCCAAAAUCAGAGGAUGAAGGAAGGGAACUGGAGGGUGGAAAGUCUUUCAAAUUAAAUGAUGAAGGUCUUGGUUGGUCUUGUAGAUUUUGCCAGGAGAAGCAAGAACAAGAAUAUAUAAAGCGAAACGGUGGGAGUCCUACUUCACCAAUGAUCAGUCCUACAACUUCAUUGUCCAGUAGCGAUAGAUCUUUCUGGAGUUCUAGUGACAAUUCAGUUGAUGUAAACUCAUAUUGCCGGGAGAGUCCAGAUGAUUGUACAGUAGACAGAGCUCUUGAGGAUAGCAGUUGUGGCUAUCUGUACAAUUCAAACGCAGAAGCUCUUGUAAAUGGAGCAUGUACAUUGGAUAGAGUGAAAGAUAGUGACAUUGUGAGAGAGAUAGAAAUUAAGGAAGCUAUCAGUGAACAAGAAACUAAAGGUAAUUCCUUACAACAUCCUGUUGUGCCUGUCGAUGAAGGAAAUGGAAUCACUCCUUCUGUUGACAAUGAAAUGGACGCGCAAUAUUGGGAGCCUCCUGAAGCAGAUAUCGAGGAUGACUUGGAGGGUAGUGUGGCUUUUAAUGAUGACGAUGAUGAUGAUGAAUGCGGUGAUGGCACAUUAUGGGGAAAACCAAGUUCUUUGAGUUGCUGCAGAGAUGAAGACAGUGGGGGCUACAAGUUCAGAGAAGAAAAACAGAAUGCAAUGAAGGAAGUUUCAAAUGGAAAAUUUAAGGCCAUAGUGAAUCAGCUUCUUACAACUGCAGGUGUUAUCUCUAUGGGAAAAGAAUGUGAAAGUUGGGUAGACGUAGUUAGUUCUUUAUCAUGGCAAGCCGCUUCAUUUUUGAAGCCUGAUACAAUUGACGGGAACAGAAUGGAUCCAGAUGGCUAUGUGAAAGUGAAAUGCAUAGCAACAGGUGCUCGUAGCGACAGUCAAGUAGUCAGAGGCUUAGUUUUCAAAAAGCAUGCUGCACACAAGCACAUGCCGACUAGUUACAAAAACCCUAGGCUGUUGCUGAUCAAGGGUGUUCUUGGUCAGUCUUCUAGUGGGUUAUCAUCAUUUAAGUCGAUGGAACUUGAAAAGGAUAAUCUGAAAUCACUCGUGGAUAUGAUAGAAAUGUGUCAUCCGAAUGUGGUUUUAGUGGAAAAGUCUGUUGCCCGUGAUGUACAAGAGUCUAUCCUUGCUAAAGGAAUGACGCUGGUCUAUGAUAUGAAGCACCAUCGCUUAGAAAGAGUCGCUCGUUGUACUGGCUCACAAAUUUUUUCAUCUGAUGCUUUGGCGGGUCAAAAGUUAAAGCAGUGCGACUACUUUCAUAUUGAAAAGUUCGUUGAGGAGCAUGCUGGAUCGUGUGAAGGGGGCAAAAAGCCAAGUAAGACGUUGAUGUUCAUUGAGGGCUGUCCGACACAUCUAGGUUGCACAAUACUGUUGAAAGGAAGUCAUAGUGAUGAAUUGAAGAGGGUCAAGUGCGUGAUGCAGAUUGCAGUUAUCAUGGCCUAUAAUUUAAUUCUCGAGACUUUGUUUCUUGUUGAUUGGAAAGCAAUGUUCUCAACCGUUCUUUUUCCGGGGGCAGUUAACAAGUUAGCCGUAGAUCACCCUUCAGUUUUAGGAACUGCCGGUUCCAUUUUUCCUUCUGUUGAGGAAAAUAAUGUUGAAAGUGGAAUAUCUCCUGUUCAUAUUCCAAUUUCUAAUGAAUUCGAUGAAGAAGGUUCCGACAAUCUAAACAUGGGAUUUGAAGGUAAAUCCAUGUCUUAUGUGCCCUAUGAUCCUGUCAUUUUCUCUGGGUUUUCAUCUCUCUCAGCCUCUGUAAAGAAAGUUAUAGGAGAAAAUUUUCCUCUUGCCUCCUCUGCUCCAUACCAGUCCUGGGCUGAUUACUUUGGCUUUAAUGGAAAAGUAACUAGUGGUCAACUUGCAGAUGAGGUUCCAGUUGAGGAUCCAGUUGAGGUUCCCGUUGAGGAAACUUUGGAAGCCUCUGAUCAUUGCGAUUUGGAAUCUAAGGACAGUUUUGAUGAAGAGAAAGCACUAAUUGAUGGGAAAACUCGGUCAUUGGGGUCUGAGUCCGAGCAUGUUGGCAAAGAAAAAGAUGUCAAUGAAGAUCAUGUUCAGAGCAAGAAUGAUGUCAAUUCAGUGUUAAAUUCUCAGGGUAUUUUGGUUUUGACGUCCAUUCGGAACACCUUAAGAGGGACUAUAUGCGAGCAAAGCCAUUUUUCUCAUAUCAUGUUCUACAGGAAUUUUGAUAUUCCUCUUGGAAAAUUUCUGCGGGAUAAUUUGCUCAAUCAGAGACGCCGAUGCACCACAUGUGGUGAAUUGCCAGAAGCUCACUUUUAUUAUUAUGCACAUCAUAAUAAGCAACUAAGGAUUGGAGUGAAACGGCUCCCAAAGCCUUUGCCUGGAGAGACACAAGGAAAACUUUGGAUGUGGAGUCGCUGUGGAAUAUGUAAACAUGAAAAUGGAAUCCAAAAAUGUACGAAAAGAGUCUUGAUUUCAACUGCUGCACGGAGGCUGUCUCUUGGAAAAUUCUUGGAGCUGAGCUUUUCAAAUGAAUUGUCAUAUGGUAGAUCAUCCAGUUGUGGCCAUUCUCUGGAGAGAGAUUUCCUCUACUUUUUUGGAUUAGGUUCUAUUGCAGCAAUGUUCAAGUACUCGCCAGUUACAACUUAUACUAUUUCUCUGCCGCCUCACAGGCUGGAGUUCAGCCAUUUAAUUAGAUAUGACGGGCUUAAGCGAGAAUUUGAAGAUGUGUAUUCAAAAGGGAUAUCACUCUUCAAUGGCGUUGCAGACGCUUUGAAGAAGUUAAGAUUAAAAUUUGAAGGAUGUAAACUGAACCUUGGAGGGUCGUUGAAAGAAUUCUCUCAUAUUGAAGACAUGUUGAAGCAGGAAAAAUCCGGGUUCGAGGCAAGCAUUGUCAAUGUCAUUGCUAAGAAUGGAAAUGCAGACACGGCUGAUUACAAGUUUCUUAUUUUAAACCGGUUAUUAUGGGAGCUUCUUCUUGAAUCAACCAUUUGGGAGAGGCGGCUGAACUCACUGCUCUUACCUGAUCCUUCUUUGGUUUGCACUGCUACUAUUGAGAAACCAGUGCUUGACCAAGUGAAUCCAAAGAUGACGACUACUACCAUUGAUAGCAAAACUGAACGGACUGAAAGUGGCAAUUUGAUAGGUGAGUUGAGCAACUCUGUUGCAUUAAAUGGAGUUCCAAUUCAAGAAAUUCCAAGUGCUUCUUUGCAAGAAUCUAGAGUACAGGAUGAUCUGGAUCACUCUUUUUCUACUGCUGAAGAUAUCAAGAGGUCAAACAUGGAUCAUUUAAGCCAGAAUAGAUCUCUCAGCCCUGAGUUAUUUAUGAAAUCGGAUGAUUGUGUUCACAAUCAUUCGGUUGAUAGUAGUUUCGAAGCUGCUGCUAUGAUUGGGGACGUGGACGUCGAAAGGAACAUUCCAGUUGGCCCAUUUGUUAGAAACAGCGAUGCUGUCAUUUCUUCAGAUGCAUUUAAAAAAGAUACAGCUCUACAUUCGUUAGUAUGUUUAGAAAACUCAAGCGGAUGGUUCUGGAUGCCAUUUUCAGAGAUCCUUCAGAUGUAUAUGGAGGAUCUUGAAAGAGGUUUCAUGCCCAAAUUUCAGUCAAUUAGUAGCUAUAUGGAAGAUGAUAUCUCUCCAGCUUAUCAGAUAAUAAGCGAGGAAGGACAAAGGCUGCACAUCCCACUUGGAACUGAUAAUUACAUUGUGAGGGACUAUGAUGGAGAACUCUCUAGUAUAAUUGCCUGUGCUUUGGCAUUUCUGAAAGAUUUACCUGUUUUAAAUGAGGAUGAUCAGAAAAAAGGCAGCUUUUCUGAUAAAUCAAAUGAAAGUUUACAAUUCCCGAGUCGAGCUCCCACACGAAUUUCCUCGCGCUGGUCUUUCAAUGGUUUUUCCGACUCAGAUUCAUUGUUGAGCACAUCUCCUGAAGAACCACGCUUCUCCAGUUUUGAUGGCUUGAGUUUGUUGGAAUCUCGCUUCUCCAGCUUUGAUGGUAAAAGUUUGUUGGAGUCUCUGGCUGCUACACAGAAUGAUAGCUACGAAGUCCAUUUUGGGGUUUCAAAAUCACUUGGAAAGGGUAAAUAUUCAGUGAUAUGUGUAUAUGAGAGCCAGUUUCGUGAUCUUCGGAGUCGUUGCUGUCCAUCUGAAGUAGAUUAUAUUGCAUCUCUUAGUCGUUGCAGGAACUGGAAUGCUAAAGGUGGAAAGAGCAAAUGCUUUUUCGCUAAAACCUUGGAUGACAGGUUCAUCAUAAAGGAAAUUCAGAAGACAGAAUUUGAAUCAUUUGUUCAGUUUGCUCCCCAUUAUUUUAAGUACAUGAAUGAGUCAUUUGAGUUGGGGAACCAAACAUGUCUGGCUAAAGUCCUCGGAAUUUAUCAGGUAAUCAUUAGACAGACAAAAAGUGGAAAAGAAAUGAGGCAUGAUGUGAUGGUUAUGGAGAAUCUUUCUUUUGGUCGAAACAUUACUCGCCAGUAUGAUCUUAAAGGUGCUCUUCAUUCUCGAUUCACUUCAGCUGCUGCUGGUUCAGAUGAUGUUCUAUUGGAUCAAAACUUUGUGAAUGACAUGAAUUCAUCUCCGCUAUAUGUAAAUAAUAAAGCCAAGCGUCUGCUAGAACGUGCUGUCUGGAAUGACACCACAUUCCUUAAUUCAAUUAACGUUAUGGAUUAUUCGUUGCUUGUCGGGGUAGAUACUGAAGGACGGGAACUUGUAUGUGGGAUUAUUGAUUACCUUAGGCAGUAUACCUGGGAUAAGCAACUGGAAACAUGGGCCAAAUCUUCCCUUGUUCUUCCAAAGAAUGAAAGGCCAACCGUCAUUUCUCCGAUAGAGUACAAAAAAAGGUUCAGAAAGUUUAUGGCUGCACACUUCUUGAGUGUCCCCGAUAAUUGGUAAUCCCACGGUCCCUCCUAAAUGUAAGGAGGGUAAAAUGGUUUUCUUAUGUUUGGUUGCUCAUUAUUUUUUGUUCCCUUUAAUAUCCAUAAGCCUUUUCAAUGGUACUGUAAAUAGACCUGUGUCACAGUUAAAUAUAGUUAUACCCCAUGUUAUUUAGCAAAUUUAUGGGGAUAGUUUUGUACGUAUAGGCCGGAAUGAAGAUGAUUGUGAAUUUUGUAAAUUGCACUGAAAAUUGUAGAGAGCCACGAAUUUAGCUGGCUAUUUCAAAUCAAUGAAAAAAAUAAAUACUA